AGUAAAUAUAACACAAUCACAUCUGAGGAUCAGAAGAAACUGUACGAGGAAGAUUUUGCUUCUGAUUAUUCAGUAUAUCUUGAGCUCCACUCCAAGAUUGGGAAGGUGCUGGAGAGAUUCAUGCAGCUCGGAUCCAGAAUGAAGAAGUAUCAGCCAGGAACAGUAGAGCACAAGAUGGUGGAAAACAAGAUUCUGAAUGAAUACAAGAAGUUUAAAAAGACGUAUCCUACCUACAGCGAGGAGAAGUCACGAUGUGAAUACCUGCAUGAUAGAUUAUCUCAUAUAAAACACCAGAUUCUGGAAUAUGAAAAAAAUACACCGACCUAG